CGGGGCCCGCACGUGGAGGCCGGCGCGGGGGCGCGGGCAGGGCCGGCUGCUGAGACGCGCUGCUGCCCCCCGCGCGGGCGCCGCGGCUUCAAUGGCGCCAUCGCCCAGGACCAGCAGCCGGCAAGAUGCGACCGCCCUGCCCAGCAUGUCCUCAACUUUUUGGGCGUUCAUGAUCCUGGCCAGUCUGCUCAUCGCCUACUGCAGUCAGCUGGCCGCCGGCACCUGUGAGAUUGUGACGCUGGACCGCGACAGCAGCCAGCCGCGGAGGACGAUCGCCCGGCAGACGGCUCGCUGCGCGUGCAGGAAGGGGCAGAUCGCGGGCACCACCAGAGCCAGGCCCGCCUGCGUGGACGCACGAAUCAUCAAAACAAAGCAGUGGUGUGACAUGCUCCCUUGUCUGGAGGGGGAAGGCUGUGACUUGUUGAUCAACCGGUCAGGCUGGACGUGCACGCAGCCCGGCGGGCGGAUAAAGACCACCACGGGGCCUUAUAACCGGAGCCACCCCUUGUAUCAGGAUUGGACCUGGAUCCUAGCGUUCCUGACCCCAAACCAGAGGCUCCAGGAUGCUUCCUUCCCUCCCGGAGGAGGAAACAACACAGCUUGUCCAUAAUGAGGCAGCUCAACAGAAAUGGAAACUGUGGUCCACGAGGACCCAGCCCCCCUCAGAACCCCACCACUGGGACGCAGCCUGGGGCAGACUUUCUAGAAACUUCUCUCAGAAGACAGACUCCAAGAACAAGUCAUGAGCCAAAGAAAAUAAAUAAAUGGCUAUAAAGGUAGACAUGACUUUCCCACGUCAGAAUCAAGAAACAGUUUUUUUAUUGGAAAGAGAAGCUAGACCAUUAGGUACACAAUAAAUCCGUGUUAUUGCAGCUAUCAGCUUGCCUAAAGUAAGGACACUCCAGUCUGCUUGUCUAUAAAAGCUAAACAGAACAGCACAAACCUUCCCCCAGAGGCCCCGGCAGCUCCCGCCCAUCCUCCCGCAGCUCUCUGCCUCGUGGCACAGAAGGGCUGCGCUGUCUGUGCCAUCGCACAUCACUUGAUGCCCUGGUUAGAGCGGUCUGCUGCCUGGCCUCCGGUCCCUCACGUGCAGGUACUGCAUCCUAGCGGUGACCGAGUGGCGGAUGCUUUCACGGUGAGGACAGGUGAGAUGCCUGGAGCAGCCCGGCCGCACCCAGAGCUGGUGUCUCAUCUUCGGGCUCCCUGCUCAGGUCCAUAAGGGCUAAGGAACAGCUUACGGCAGGUGCGGGUGCGGGGCUUGGGGUGGUUCUGGCCGUCCCCGGGUUUAGCCUAAGCUCUUGCUCUCAGGUGUUCUCCCUCUCGUUCUGCUGGGACCCCCAUGUCGGCGCUGAGCCCCUGUCUGACUUGCUGCGCCCUUGUCCCUUUAUCCCCUGAGGCUCAGUCACCCUAUGGUCUGCGGCAGCAGCCUCGCCCCGCGUGAGCGGGCACUGAAUCCGCUCCUGUCCUCCGACCCGCAGGGCCCGCUUUGCGAGGGGGAGGUCAGUGAGCACCCAGACGUGCCGACCCUUUACAGUUGGCUCCAGACGGCCCUCCCAGCCUUUGCUGGCUCUCCGUCAGCCCAGCGAGGGCUGCGGUCUGUCUCCUCAGGCCCUGGGAGAUGAGUGGCUUCGGGGGAUCGAAGCCAGGUGGAGACUUUGUUAGCCAGGGACCCCAGGAGGAGAGACCCACUCCGGCCGGAGCUGAGGCUGCCGGACAGAUGUGGUCCCCCGAGCCCUCACCAAGGGCUGCGGUGUGAGGAUGGAAGGAGGGGCUCCCGGGGUCAAACCCCGCGCAUCCCCGUUGGCUGUGCUGCCCCGGGGCUUCCAGACUCGGGCCGUGGCGGGGCCGCGAAGAUAGUGGUGCACAGAGGCGCCCGUCUGCUCUGCCUGGUGCAGGGCUGGGGUCGCCACUUCACGCUGCUUCCUAAGCACAAGGGGACAUGUCCUGAGGCCACAGGGCAGGGACGGAACUGCCCCUCCGGCUGAGAGGGCCCUCAGCACCCCACCCAGGCUUCCCCUGUCCGCCUGCCCCGCUCCAUCCCCUCCCCGGCUUCUCUCCUACGUGGCACCGUCGUGGCCUGGCCCUUCAGAACUGGCCCAGCAAGGUCCCGCCAGGCACUGUCCGCAGCCCUCAGCCCUGCAGAUUCCCCAGAGCGUCAUGGGCCGGGCAUGUUCCAUGUCAUCAGGGCUGUGCUCCCUGUUUGGGGGCAGUUCACGUGACCUUGCUGUGCAGUGGGCUCCAGGAGAUGAGACCCUCCACUCCUUGCCUACUAAGGACCCCUAAGUAUCAGGAGGUGGCGUAGUUGUCAUUCUUCUUGGCGUUUAGCAGCCCCUAGAUGGGGGCAGAGGAGGGAUGGAGAUUGGGUGACGGGCAGGGGUCCUUAGAAGCAGCCGCAGUGACAAGACACAGGUGCGUCCGGGGCAGCUGGGCUGGUGCUCGAGGGGCAGGGGAGGGACUGGGGCCCUGCUCUCUCACGCUGGGCAUCCUCAGACCAGGCCUUGGCCCUCGUGCUGCCCGCCCCCGCCGUCCGAGGUGCCGCAUCUCCCUGUCCCGUCUCCCUGCCUGCGCGCUAGACGCCAGUGUGAGUUUUCACAGGGUCUUGGGUCUCCAGGUGGCCGGUCGUCUCCUCCCUCACAGCAGGGCAGAGGGGGACAUGUCUGAGCAGCCAGGGCCCCUCUGCGGACGAUCGUGUGCCCUCCCUCCUCGGGCGUCUGGGACAUCCCAGGCUCAGGAGUCAGUUAACCACACUCCUCGGGUGUGAACUGGCCGGAUAAGGUCAGGAAAUGGUCCCAGAAACUCAAUCACGUGGCUGGGCAUGGAUGGGAUGAUGCACAGCCUUUCCAGAAGCUUCUCCCCGGUUGUUUUUACUCUCUCCGUGGUAGCAGCCUUCAUGGUCAAGCUCUCUCACGCAGACCAUGGUCAUCUCACUGCCCUGCAGUUUCUACGUCUCCACUGUCCGUUAGAACCUUUUGUUUGGGGCUUUCAGCCCAGAACAUUGUGCUCUUUAAACAGAAGACAGCCUGCCCCCAAAGGCAAAUGGAAACUUUUAGAGGAAGAGGGAAUAUCACUCAGGGGACUCACAGGGCUGGAAGGUUUCCUUUUGUUUUAUAAACGAUGCUUUAUAGCAUCCAAAUACCAAGAAAAACCUCGUCACCUCCUUGCCCGGCGGGAAGGACUGCCCUGGACGGGAACCCGGCCGUGUCCACAGCUCAGUCCUCAGACCAAACACUUCCGGGGCUCUCGCCACUGACUGAGAGGCUCUGUCCACUGAGCCCGGUGACCGCAGGGGACGCGGGCAGUGCUGGGCCGGCUCCUGUGUCCAGCGUGCAAGGCGAGGUGACCCUGAGACCAGCUCUGUCCACCUCGGGGGCGGAGUCCCAGAGAAAUAGCCGCAGACCCUGAGGACGCAGCCCAUGACCUUGGGGUGUUGGACGGCCAUGCGCAGAGCUGGAGCCCGCCGAGUGCCGGCUGCUUUCCAGGCCCAGGGACACCAGGGGGUCACACAGAGGCUGCGACCCCAGGACACUCUGGAUCUCCGCACACCAGGAC